AUGAACAUCUUUCGCAUUCUUGGGGAUCUGUCCCAUACAGCGUCCAAGUGUAUACUGAUAUGGGCCAUCCAUUCCAACAGAAGCGCCGAAGGCGUUUCCUUGAUCACACAGUUCCUCUACUUUCUGGUCUUCAUUACUCGAUACCUCGACCUGUUCUGGAUCCCACCCAACUGGCACUGGUGGAACUUCAUUCUCAAGAACUUCUACAUCUGGACCUCUAUCUACAUUACAUACAUCAUGACUAGGCAUUACGCGAGGACAAGAGAACGAGAGAAAGCAUGGAAGCUGGCUAUAUACAUAUUGAUCUUCUCUGCGGUGGCUGGUCCGAUAUCGAGCGUUCUAUACCGUGUUACCUAUGCUGGGAAGGGGACAGACUUCACUGAGAUCCUGUGGGCCUUCUCUAUUGUGCUGGAGUCUCUCUGCGUGGUACCCCAACUUCUGCUGCUUAGACAGACGAGCGUUCCAACGGUAAUAGACUCCUACUACCUCGUCACUCUGGGAUCAUACCGUGCCUUCUACAUCCUCAACUGGAUAUGGCGAGCCGCACACAGUGAUUACCCAGAUGCGAUCUCUGUGGUAUUUGGCAUCAUUCAGACAGCCUUCUACAUCGAUUUCGCCUGGGUCUAUUAUACCAGGCAGCGAGUGAAACUAAGAGGUGGCACGGUCGUCGACACAGAUGAUUUGAGCAAAGGCUUUCUCGUCAACAGAUUUGCGAAGGGUCGACCAGCGGAUGAAGAUGCCAUUGAGUCUGGUGAUGCAGAUGGCGAGCAAGACCGAUCCAAAUUCAAUCAAUGGGGAGCUAGAGGCGUUUCAAUCAGAGCUGAUGAUACGCUCGACCAGCAUGACAGGCCACAGAGAAGCUCAACCCGCCCAGGUUCAAGUGAAGAGACAGUGGCCUUGACUGAUCCCGACCGCUUUCUCUCAGACGACGAUGACGAUGAUGCUCCUGCGAUCGAUGUAUCUGCGUCGCACGGGAGAUGA